AUGGCGCUCUCUAGAAAUGCUUCAUAUAUUGGCAAGAAGGCUCGCUCUCUGAUUCGUGAUAUCGUUCCACGCAUCCCGAAAGUCAGGCACAGCUGGCCGUCGUCAUGCUUCAGUGCGGCGGCGGCAGCUGGAGGGCUUGCCUCUUUUCAUGACGGGGGCAUUUCCCCGUCCAGCAUCGGCGAGUCCGCUCCCUCAGCGCCGCUAUCUACCGGGGUUGUUUACCCCUCUGUGACAGCGACGGCUUCUUGCACCUCUAUGUUUCUCGGCUUCUUUCGACCGGCGGGAGGUAUCUCUGCGGGGGGUCCCGUUGCUGCAGACGCAGGCUCGUUCGCAGUCAACAGGCGGCUCACGGCUCCGCGUGGAACUGCGUUUUACGAAUGUCAGAGAGAACAAAGGAAUCUCUCCUUACCUUUGUUGCUGCCUCAGCACUGUCUCACUGGAGUAGACGCAGGUUAUACUUAUUCUCAGCGGGGAUUCUCUUCGUAUGCAGACUUCAGCAAGCAGCUACGGGGAAAAUACACCGCCAAACAGCAGGAGGGAAGGCGGGAAAAGAAUGGGGCAAGCCACGCAACUCAGGCUGAAGAGCGCGUUCUCGAGGGAAUGCAGGAAAAUGGCGCUGCGCUGCCCAAAACAGCAAGCGGCGAACCGAUCUUAGUGUCCACGACGCCAACGGUUCCUGGAUAUUCUAUUAAGGAGUACAAAGGACUGGUACAAGGCUGUUCAGUCAGAUCGCGAGAUGUUCUGAGGAUGGCGAAGGUCGUUCUCAUGGUUCAGUUCGGCGGCGAAAUGGGCGACCUCACAGCUCUCAUUUCGCGUGUCAAAGCUGAGGCUGUGAAUCGCAUGCGUGACGAGGCUGUGGCGCUCGGGGCCAAUGCCGUGGUUGGGGUCCGAAUAGUCAGCAGUGGAACGCAUCAGAGAGUUGCGGUAGAGUUCUCCGCUUAUGGCACCGCUGUCGUGGUCAAGGAGGUCUAG